AUGGAAGGUAUUCAAAAGCCGCAGGGUUCUGUUGUAAUCAUCGGAGCUGGUACACAAGGUAGACGUCUGGCACACAUGUGGUCAAGCCGAGGUGGCACUGUCCGUCUGGUAGAUCUUCAAGAGCAACAACUCCAGGAUGGUCUGAAAUAUGUGGAACAACUUCGUGCAGAUGCUACAGACCAUGACGGAGAUUGGGGGCAGAUUGAGACUUCCCAGCCCUCUUCUUUGCAAUCUACACUACAAGAUGCAUGGCUCGUUGUUGAGUGUGUACCGGAGAACUUGCAGCUCAAGCGAAAAUUGAUCACUCAACUUGAUAAACUUGCACCCGAAGGUACAAUUAUUGCUUCGAACUCGAGUAGCUACGGUAUAUUUGAGAUUAUCGAGGGCAUGAACUUGAAAAACAGCAAAAGAGUUAUGAGCGCGCACUGCUCAAUUGAAAUCAUGGGCCACAAGGAUAGCGAUCCUAAGCUGAUUGAUCUAGUCUUGGGGCAAUGUAAAGAACAUGGAUUCUCACCUUUCCACGUCAAGCAAGACUCUAUUGGCUACAUAUACAAUAGGAUCUGGGCUGCUAUCAAGCGAGAGACUCUUCUCACAUUGUCCGAAGGUGUUGCCACACCUAAAGAAAUUGAUGCCAUUUUCAAAGAUGUCUUGAAGACACCCAAGGGCCCAUGUGAACAGAUGGAUGUUGUCGGCUUAGAUGUUGUGUUGGACAUUGAGAAUCACUACGCCGAAACUCGGAGUGGUAUUCCUACAGAGCCGCGGGAAUACCUUCGGGAGAUGAUUCAAGGUGGAACUCUCAGAUUCGGCUGGUUCUUCUGCAUCAUUGGUCUAGUGGUAGAAUUCGUCGUUGCCAUCGACGAGGCCCGUGUUCGAUUCACGGAUGAUGCACAUCUUUUUUUUGGUUUUUGUAGGUGGAAUCCACAGACCCGUUAG